AUGUCUGAUAAUGAAGAUGGUGGGAAUGAUGGAGCCCUUUCUCCUGCCUACGAUGCGGAACCUGAGUAUGAUCCAGAUGAGCCAACUGAGCCCUUCGACCCAGAUGGUGAAGGCACACACGAAAUCGACGACAUCACGAUAGGACAAAAUCCUGACCAGCUGUUGACCACAGGAGACCGUUCUGUUGUUGUAUCAGGAGAUGUCGCGGCAGCAAAAAAAGCCGAUAAAAACCCUAAAGAUAAAAAGAUUCCUAACGAUCAGCGUAUCACUACUCCAUAUAUGACGAAAUAUGAGAAGGCAAGAAUCCUCGGCACAAGGGCCCUACAAAUCAGCAUGAAUGCGCCUGUGCUAGUCGAUCUUGAGGGUGAAACCGAUCCACUUCAAAUCGCAAUUAAAGAGCUUAGAGAGAAAAAAGUACCUUUGAUAGUCCGUAGAUACAUGCCUGAUGGCUGUUAUGAAGAUUGGACCUGUGAAGAGCUUUUGCAGUAG